UGCACCUGCAAUCUCACCUGAAGAUGGCGGCCAGUUGCAAUGUCGAAAUAUCGUGUCGUCCGGCCGCAUACCGGUGAAGAGCAUCAACAAGCAGUACGCCUGAAAAAUCUAGUUAAAUUCAGUACCUCUUCUGCUCCACGGCAACCCACCAAAUGCCAGGCCCGGAAACGGUGAAAGGACCAAAUAUACGUCGGCCGAUGAGACGACCAACCGAACGACCAACCAACCGUCGGCCCGCUCCAGUCUCCCUCUGUCGGACAGUUCAUGCGUGUCGCCAGCGGUCGGCGAGCACUGGCUGCCAGCGCCUCACCGGCACUCUGUCCCGACUUCACUGCUGCUGCGUCCCGACUGCACUGCUGGUCCGUCUCCAACUGUCUGCCAGACACGACGACCCGGAAAUAUUAUCAGUCGCUCCACAGAAGGUUUUGUUGAAACAUGAAGCUGACGUUAACAGUCGCAAUAUUGGCAGUCCUGCUCCUAGCAGGCGCUGAAGCUGAUACGCCAGCCAACUGCACCUACGGGGAAGUUCUGGGCACCUGGACAUUUUAUGAAGGCGCCCGCACCUUCGGCAGCUCGGUAGAUUGCUCCUCUUACGAAAUUGUUAAUGAGGAAAAAAUACAUCUGUCGUACCCGAACGUAGCUACCGACAAAUUCGGAAAUAUCGGCACAUGGACACUCAUCUACAACCAGGGCUUCGAGGUCACUGUCAACGGCCGCUCCUACUUCGCUUUCUCGUACUACGAAGUUAAUAACGACUCGUCGGUGACCAGUUACUGCGACCGGACGUUCGACGGCUGGGCCCAUGACGUCACGGUGCGACACUGGUCCUGCUUCAAUGGCCAAAAAGACGAGCAACUGCCCGCCAAGACGCACGCCGCGCCAGCCGUAGCCCUGGGACUCAAGAAAGAACUUAAGGUGACCGCUGCCGACCAGAAUCGGCUCAUCAAAGAAAUAAAUCAGGCGCAACAUCUGUGGAAAGCCAAGGCGUACAAGCAGUUCAACGGCAUGUCAUACAAGGACCUGAUGAACAUGGGAGGAGCCCAAAGCCCCUCGGCACGCCACUGGCCGGAGCCUGCCCCAGUGACGGCGGAGCAGCGGCGGCGCGCCUCCUACCUGCCCAGGCACUGGGACUGGAGGGACGUCGACGGCGUCAACUACGUGUCGCCCGUCAGGGACCAGGCAAGUUGCGGCAGUUGCUACGCCUUCGCAUCGGCUGGCAUGAUCGAGGCUCGACUCCGUAUACAGACCAACAACACCGUCCAGACGGUCUUCUCCACGCAGGACGCGGUCAGCUGCUCGCAGUUGGCCCAGGGCUGCUCAGGUGGAUUCGGCUACUUAAUAGCAGGACGUUACGGCAAGGACUAUGGACUCGUGGAAGAGUCUUGUAAUCCGUAUCAGGGAAUAGACGCACAGUGUACCACUGACAGCUCCUGCCGCAGGCAUUACGUUUCUGACUACACGUAUAUUGGAGGUUACUAUGGUGCGGGCAACGAGGUUCUCAUGCAAGAAGCACUUGUGCAGCGUGGACCUCUCGUUGUCGACUUCAUGGUGUUAAACGACUUCCGGUCCUACACUAGCGGCAUCUACAAGCACGUCGAAACAUCAGCCUCGACACGGGAAUUCAACCCCUUCGUCGAGACGAAUCAUGUUGUACUGCUGGUGGGCUAUGGUGUAGAUGAUGAGACUAAUGAGAAGUAUUGGAUAGUGAAGAACAGCUGGGGAGAGGAAUGGGGUGAAAAAGGAUACUUCAGAAUCAUUCGUGGCGUCAAUGAGGUUGGCAUUGAAAGUCUGCCUUUUGAAGCCACGCCCAUCCCUUGAGCUACUGGUGCCAAAUUUGUCACUAAAAGCAUUUACUAGCAAAUGAUUGAGCCUUUAAGUUGUGAUUCACACUGUUUUAUAUUUAUGCAGCAAAUGGUCUUUUCAAUAACAAUGUGUUCAUCUGAGAAUGUGAUAAGCAUUCAAUUGCAAAUGUGAGUUUUACACAUUCACUUUAAUUUCAAAAUCGAUGUUUUCAGUGUACUGUGGUCUUUUGUAGCUUCAAACAGAGUUUUGCUAAUUGAUGAUACAAAAGUCCAGAAACAUUAAACAUAUAUGUUUGCUGCUUGAACAUAAAAAUUACAAAAGCACCAAUAAUUAGACAAAUAAAGGAGAACAUGCCAAAGUGUUUAACAGAUGCAAAAUGUAAAAUUUAGAGGCUUCAAGUGGUAUGAGAAAAUAAAGAAUUGAUUACAAAAA